UGGCAUAUUGGUUUGUCCCCACUUUCAGCCUAAGAAGAUAUCGAGUCUGACGUGUGUUGAGUAGAUUUUGUCGCUUUCUGCGCUUCUCUGGAGAAUUUCUGAUGCCUGAACAAGGAGACGAGGGCAAGAUGUCGAAGCGGAUGCAGACCAAGCCCAUGGUGGCAUGUCUGAAGACCAUCCUGAUGAUUUUUAACUUCAUUUUCUGGGCCACUGGAAUCCUGAUGUUGGUAGUAGGAAUCUGGGGGAAGCUGGGAAUGGAGAAGUACCUCCAGCUGUCCACCACCAACUUCACUAGCGCCCCCUACGUGCUGAUCGGUGUCGGCGGCUUCAUCGUCCUGCUGGGCUUCCUGGGAUGUUACGCCACGGCUAAGGGCAACACUGUCCUGCUGUAUAUUUAUUCCUUCUUUCUGUUCAUCAUCUUCGUUGCUGAGCUGGCUGCCGGCAUCUCUGGGUUCAUCUUCAGAGGAAAGCUUCAGGAUGGGUUCAGUGAUGGACUGGACAAGGCCCUGGCUGCCUACAACCCUGCUCAGGACAAGAACCAGGCUAAACUGGUGGACGAUCUGCAGAGCCAGCUGAAGUGCUGUGGGAAGGAGCAGUACUCGGACUGGUACAAACAGCCGUGGGCCGGUGGGAACAACAAUGUGCCUCUCAGCUGCUGCAAGGAUCAGAACAAGUGUGUGCACCAAGGACUGACUAACUCCACUACUACUGACAUCUACACUGUGGGCUGCUACAAGCUGGUGGUGAGUGCCAUCAACUCUAACCUGGGCAUCAUCGGGGGCAGUGCUGUGGGCAUCGCCUUCUUCCAGGUGAUUGGAAUGCUGUUUGCCUGCUGCCUUGCCCGGAACAUCAACCAGCACAAGUAUGAAAUGGUUUGAGACAAAGGAGAAACCACCAACCACUCGUCAUAGAUCUCCUCCUGCACUUCUGUCAUUCCCUCACCCCCCUAAGGUCAUGGAAUCUUCCAAACUGAUGCUAGACUUGUGUAAUAUCUGGUAAAGUCUAUGUAAAAAACAGGGGGUUAAGGGAACCCAGAUGUGCAGGAGUAGAAUUCCGCUGCUGAUUCAUCCAUGUUAAUACAUGUAGUAUAUAACAGUAUCUUCUCUCCAUUGGCCUGUAUUUUGAAUGUGUAAAAAAUUCAAUGUUUGCGGACUUCUUACUCGGAACUUAGAAUUGGGCAAAAUAUUAAUAAAUCAAAUCGUGUCAAAGAGAA